AUGGCCACGAAAGAUUGGCCAGUUGCCGCAGGGCCUCAACACGGCGUGAGACGAAGAAAACAAUACGACACGCCGCGGAGGAGGCUCUGGAGAAUAUUAACGAGCGUUUUCCUCGAAGUAAUUAACAUGUUACACGAACGUUUACAGGCCGUCCCACUUUUCCGAAGCUGGGAUGAACUGAUAAAUAGCGCGAUGGCACAGCUACCACAGUGGGGCUGCAACGGCACGGAAGGGACUUCGAACACUUGUCGGUCUCUGGAUGAUUACACCUAA